AUGUCAAACUUCACAGAGGAUCUGAUUGAGGCAUGUCAGUAUAAGAGGAUGUUAAGUAACGUGUAUAUUUGCCAGUGUAUAUUUGAGGGGAAUGAAGAGCACAGCGGCCCCUCUCUGCUUAACAAUAUCUAUACGGAGGUCUACAUCACUGAUGGUGGAAGCAGUGAGCACACCAGUGAACAUGAAAUCAGGCAGAUCGAGACAGCAUCGAAACAUCCAGCCACAUGGGAUGCACCAAUCAAGGCUAAUGAUAUCUUUAAAACUUCUCCCGGAUCUGCUAAACAAAUCCAAACUGUGCUAACCAAAGGAAUAGCUGGCAUUGGGAAAACAGUGUCUGUGCAAAAGUUCACACUAGAUUGGGUUGAGAACAGAGCCAACCAGGACAUCCACAUGAUAUUUCCACUCCCUUUUCGUGAAAUGAAUGUAAUUAAAGAAAAGAAAAUUAGUCUGAUAAACAUUCUUGAGUGCUUCUUCAAUCUAAAGAUAGAUCCAGAAGUGUUAUACUCAGACAAAUACAAGGUAGUCUUUAUCUUUGAUGGACUUGAUGAAUGUCGGUUUCCUCUGGAUUUCCAAAACAACAGGAGUUGCUCUAGUGUGACGGAAUCAGUAUCAGUCAGUGUCCUACUGACAAACCUCAUCUGCAAGAACUGGCUUCCUUCUGCUUUAGUCUGGAUAACCUCACGACCAGCUGCAGCAGGUCAAAUACCACCUGACUUCAUGGACCGUGUGACCGAGGUGCGAGGUUUCAAUGACUCCCACAAGGAAGAAUACUUCAAGAAAAAAAUAAGUGAUCCAGACUUGUCCUCCAGGAUAAUCUCUCACUUGAAGUCUUCAAAGGUCCUUCACAUCAUGUGCCACAUCCCAGUGUUCUGUUGGAUAUCAGCUACAGUUCUCGAAAGAAUGUUUCGUGAUUCGGAGAGUGGUGAAAUUCCCAAGACUCUCACGCAAAUGUACGCUCACUUCCUGAUGUUCCAGAUCAAGCACGGGAGUCACAAAUAUGAUGAGAAUUCCGAAGCCGGUUUGAAGUGGGAUAACCAGACCACAUUGUUGCUUGGAAAGCUGGCAUUUCAACAGCUUGAAAAGGGUAAUUUAUUGUUCUAUGAAGAAGAUUUGAGGGAAUGUGGCAUUAAACUUAACGUUGCAUCAGUGUAUUCAGGAGUUUGUACCCAAAUCUUCAGAGAAGAGGCAGGGCUACUUCAGGAGAGGGUCUUCAGCUUCAUACACGCAAGUAUACAGGAGUUUCUGGCUGCAUUGUAUGCAUUUCUUGUGUUUGUCAACCAUAAACGGAAUGUCCUCAGUCAGACGACAAAUGCUAAAAUCAUAAGUGCUUUCAAAAAAAUGUCAGUGCAAGAAUUUCUGAAAUGUGCUGUGAAUAAUGCUUUAGCAAGCGACAAUGGACAUUUGGACUUUUUCCUUCGCUUCUUGUUGGGACUAUCUCUUGAAUCCAACCAGACUCUUCUUAAGGGACUCUUGAAUGAGGUGAGCGAUACUGAAAGCAGCAUAAAAACGAUUCAAUACGUAAAGGAAAAAAUCAGGGACCACCCUUCAGCAGAGAAGGCAAUAAGUCUUUUCCAUUGCCUAAGUGAACUGAAAGAUGAUUCUUUGGUUGAGGAAGUGCAGGACUUCAUAAAUUCACAUGGUUUUAGUGGUGGAAAGUGGUCUCCUUCACGCUUUUCUGCUUUGGCUUACAUACUGCUCACAUCUGCUGAAGAACUGGAUGUGUUUGACUUGUCAAAGUUCAUUCAUCCAAGCAUGUCUUCAAAUGACGGGCUGUUAAGAUUGCUGCCAGUCAUCAAAGCAUCCCGAUCAGUUAUAUUGAGAUGUUGUAAUGUGACAGAUAAAGGCUGUUCAGGCCUGUCCUCUGUACUUAGUUCAAGUCUCUCAUGUCUGAGAGAACUGGAUUUGACUUCCAACAAUCUUCAGGAUUCAGGAAUAAAACAACUUGCUGCCGGACUGGGGAAUCCUCAGUGUAAACUAGAGACUCGGAGACUUUUCAAUUGCAGCAUCGGUGAAAAUGACUGUGCUUCUUUGGCUUCAGCUUUGAAGUCAAACCCAGCUCACUUAAUUGAACUUGAUUUGACACACAACAAGCCUCGUGAUACGGGUGUGAAAAUGCUUUCUGAUGUGCUAACAGAUACGAGCUGCAAACUGGAAACACUAAGGUUGAUGGCCUGUGAACUUACCAGGAAAAGUUGUGCGGCAUUGGCCCAAGCACUUCAGUCCACCUCUACAAGCCUGAAACAUUUAGAUUUAAGUUUGAAUGACCUCCAGGAUUCAGGAGUGAAUCUGCUCUGCAUUGGUCUAAAGAGCCCUUCCUGCGAGCUUAAGACAUUGAGUCUAUCAGACUGUAAAAUUACAGCCUAUGGAUGUUCUGCAUUGUCACCUGCUUUAAAGUCAAACCCAUCACACAUGAGAGAGUUGGACCUCAGCAUUAACAACCUGACAGACUCAGGAGUGAAGCAUCUGCUCCCUGUGUUUGAAGACCCACGUGUGCAUCUAGAGAGAUUAUGGCUGAAUAAUUGCAGUCUCACACAUAAAAGCUGUCGGAUGAUGGGUUAUGUAAACAAACAAGACUCAGGUCUGAGAGAGCUGAACCUCAGUGCUAAUGCAAUACUGGACUCAGGUUUGAAGCAGCUUUCAGUGGCACUUUGCCAUCUUCUGUCAGGACUGCAGUCACUGAGUGUAACAUACUGUGGGCUUAUGGCAAAUGGGUGUGCUGUUCUGGCAUCAGCUCUCAGAUCUAACCAGACACAGCUAAAAGCACUGGAUCUCAGAGGAAAUAGACUGACGGAUUCAGGAGUGAAGCCGCUCUCACAUCUGCUGGAGGAUCCACAAAGUAAAUCAGAAGAACUUGAAUUCAUGGAUGGAAUAAUAUCCAAAAUCAGGCACCUACGGAUGACUCCCACAAACAGGAUGUUGCUCUGGUCACGCAUUAAACUCAUGGCCACGAGAAAUGUUGUUCCCUCAACACAGGAUCUCAAGGCUAUGACAUAA